UAUAAUAUAUUUAUAUACACAUAUAUAGCGCUAUAUAAUCGCCUGACUGAUAAGUCGCCGCUUAGUGCACGCAAAACAAAAUAGAAAUCAAGACGCAUUGCAACUUUUGAACUCGUCGCUGCGAUGAUUUCCCAUACAGUGAGAGUAUUUAAGCUGAUGUAUAUCGUGGCUGGCAUACUGAUUAGCAAUGAGGAAAUCUGCGAUACAGUUGAUCGCAUACAAAUUGCACCACGCGUCGAAAUGAAGAACGAGCUGGAGCAUCGAGGAUCGCGACGUGGUGCGCUCAAGGAAGAUAGCGAUUCGCCCAAGUCGAAGCGUCGGCGCAAAGUCAGCGUCACGGGUCUGGCGGGUGGCGUGGUGCGUGGGGUCACCAGCAAGGUGACCAGCCAGGUGACCAGUCGCAUGGGCAAUCGCUGCAGCUGGCUGAACGAUUUGCCACUUAUCGUGGCACAGUGGCGCAAGCUGGCGCUCAGCUUUACCGUCUGGACCAUACCCAACUGGCUGCUCGAAUACACGUCCAGCUAUAUCAGCCGAAAGUUCUUUAUAAACAGCGACUGUGAUAUGAUCUAUAAAUAGUUCGAGGCGCCUAAAAACUCUUAAGCUUAACUGUGUAUGCCCUAGAAUUGGUUAUUGUGAAUACUUAACGAACUGUAUAACACCUUAGGGCAGACAACUUGCCGAAUAUAUAUAGUCUUUAGCCUAUCGGAACUAGACUCUGCGUGCAGCUAAGCUGUUAAAACUUCUUACAGUUGCUGCAUUUGGCUGCCAGCGAAACAUAUAUAAAAACAGAUCGAAUCGAUUAGCUAGAUCAUAUACUUGUCAUUUAUGGUCGCAAAUUUAGAUCUUAUAUGAGCAACUGUUAUGUUAAUCGAAAUUUCUGAGUCAAACUUGGCAGUUGUGAGUCUAAGUAAGCUUCAAGUUUCCUGAUUUAAAUUUAUUCAAAUCGGACUACUCCAUCAUAUAGCUGUCAUAGUAAUAAUUGCUUGCAAGUUUAGAUCAUGAUUGCAAAUUAGUUUUGCUUUUAAGUAAACCUUAAAAUAAGUGACAGAAAAAAGAUUUUUCUUUUA